AACUACCUUAAUCUAUUAUUAAUCAUGUAGUUCAGUAGUAUAUAUAUACAUAGAGGUGCUUGGGAUAACCACCGGGCAAGUUACGUUGUAACUAUUCGAACUGUUUCUUUCUUCUACUAAUUUUUUUCCUGAUAAUGGUGAGGUUUUCAUUGCUGCGUGGGAAUGCAUCUGAGAGUAGCCUUCUUAGAAAGUUCCCUCUUGUGUUGAGCACUGCCAUAUGCAACCAACGUGUAGAUGAAUACUUUAUUAUCAGGUGUCUCAUUGUAAAAGUUGAUACAAGGUAUGGAUGGAAGUAUGAGUGUUGUCCUAAGUGUGGAUGUAAACUGAGACUUGUGAGGGGCAAGUUUAUAUGCAUGAAUUUCAUAUGUCAAGAGUACCCAGCAACAGUCGACUUCAAGUUGAAAGUUCAUUACACUGUGCUGGAUUGUACAGGCAGGACCACUGUAGUGUUUGGAAACAAGAUGGCUUAUGAGAUAUUGGGAAAACUGCAUCAAGGCUGUGGGUAUGAUUUUCCUGGAGAGCUUGACAUGUUGGUCGGCAAGACGUUGCUGCUGAAGAUAAAAUUGAAGCAGCGGAAUCUGGAGUAUCCUGAUAGCAGCAUGUAUGUGCAUGCGUAUUGUCAAGUAGCUGACAUGGUGAUUGAAAAUUUUAUUCCUAUGAAAGACCUUGGGUGUGGAAAUUUCCAAGAUCAAGUAACUCCAAAAAGUCAGUAUGAAAUGGAGAAGGAGAAUAUACAGUUGGAAGAGAUGCAUGCCAUACAGUGGGCACCACGUGUGAAAUACAGUAAUAAGAGGGAGAAAGGAGGGAACAAAAGACGACGACAAAGAAUGAAGUACCUUCAUGAACUUUAUGUAGUGCGUGUUAACAAUGCUUGCAUGACAAUGAAGCCAGAGAAACCGCUCAAUCAAGAAAGGAUGUGAUUUUGGCGUUAUGCAAUUUGUGUGGACUCCCUUCAAUCAUGUCCAAAAUAUUGUGUGCAUGAAUUUAUUCAGUCUGUCUUAUUAGGUAUAGUAUUUUGGCCUUUAGUGGCAAUAUUGUAUGGUUAUUGUUAGUUUUCGAUGUAGUAUUAGGUUGUGUAACUUAGUCGAAUGUGUUGAUGUAUCUUUUAUAUUUGGUGGGAAAUUGUAUGAUUGUAAUUCACUUC